AUGGAUUACCUACAGCCCGUGCUUCGGUUUUUCUCGCUUGAGGCCCUUGAUACAAGGCUAUACCCACCCGCAGAUGCUGUAAAGAAGCAGAAGGUCGUCUCCCGUGCUACCACUUCAAAAUGGCAUACGCUUGAAUUCAGGAUAUACGCCGUGGUUUUUAUCUUGGCUGUGCCUCUCAUGUGGAAGACGGCUAUGGACGCCUCCAAUGAGCAUAAUCCAAAUUACCCAAGGUACGAACCGCUAUUGAGUCAGGGUUGGAUGUUCGGGAGAAAAGUCGAUAACUCAGAUACGCAAUAUCGAUUCUUCAGAAACAACUUCUGGCUCCUAACGUCCUUAGUAGCUGGACACGUCCUGUUAAGAAAAGCUACGUCUAUGCUUAGCUUCCUGGUGAAGCGGAGCUGGUUCGAUAUCAGUUCCGGGAUCGUCUACUUAUUCACCCUUCAUGGAGUCAAUGUGUUGAAGAUCUUUUUCCAUCUUAUCGUCAUGUACUCGUUUGCCAAACGAAUCGAAGAACCAAAAUUAGCGAGGACGCUUCUUUGGGUUUACGGAAUUGCCACUCUCUUCAUCAAUGACAAGUUCUGGAAUGCGACAUUCCACAUAGGUAUACUCGACAAUGGCUUCAAGGGUAUCAUUGCACGCUGGGACGUGUUCUACAACUUCACACUUCUCCGAAUGCUCUCUUUUGGUUUGGAUUAUCUCGAGAAGAAGGACCUGAGCUCGUUGGAGUUGAAGCCUGUUGUCGAGAAUUUGGAUGACAGGCAGCGUUUGACCGCCCCGUUGCCCAAACUGGAUUAUAACUUCUUCAACUACUUCUCAUACAUCUCCUAUGCUCCGUUGUUUAUUGGUGGCCCAAUUGUGACCUUCAAUGACUACUUAUAUCAGACGCAAUAUUACCGAUCCAAGUCUACCACAGACACAAGAAGAAUCAUCAUCUAUGGCUUGCGUCUACUUUUUUGCAUUUUGGUGAUGGAAUUUAUACUACACCACAUGUAUGUCGUUGCGGUUUCCAAGACCAAAGCAUGGGACGGUGAUACACCCUUCCAAUUGUCGAUGUUGGGAAUGUUUAAUCUUAAUGUAAUCUGGCUCAAACUAUUGAUUCCAUGGAGACUAUUCCGGUUUUGGGCUUUGCUUGACGGUGUUGACCCACCAGAGAAUAUGAUCAGAUGCAUGGACAACAAUUACCUGGCUUUAGCAUUCUGGAGAGCAUGGCAUCGCUCUUACAACAAGUGGGUGAUCCGCUACAUUUAUGUUCCUCUUGGUGGUGGUGGAAGAAGAGGAGAAACUGGAGGCUCAAACGGCAUUAGGUCGAGAGUGGUUAAUACCCUCGUUGUCUUCAGUUUUGUCGCUGUGUGGCACGACAUUGAGCUCAAGCUUCUUCUCUGGGGCUGGCUCGUCGUGGUAUUCCUUCUUCCAGAAAUCAUAGCGACAAUCUACUUCAAGAAGUAUUCUGACAGACCAUGGUUCAGAUACUUGUGUGGCGUGGGAGCCUCCAUAAACAUUUGGCUUAUGAUGAUCGCCAAUUUGUUUGGCUUCUGUCUCGGUCAGGAUGGUACCGUGGCUCUUAUAAAAGAGAUGUUCAGUACUCCAGCUGGAUUGAGGUUUUUCAUCCUAGCCCUGGCCACUCUCUUCGUGGGAGUCCAAGUCAUGUUUGAAAUGAGGGAAGCAGAGAAAAGAAGAGGCAUCGACGUGAAGUGCUAA